ACCCGAAGAAGUUGUCUGAGAUACACGUUAUUUCAAAAAAUAAUUUGUUUUUGUUAAGACUGCUAUAAUUACGAAUAUUAUCAAAAUGGAGUUAUUAAAUAUCGUUGAUCCGCCAAAUCGUCCUAUGAACACCAGCUUUAAUCCUACACAGGAGCCUAAGCUUCACAAGGAUUUGAUUUUCAUAGAUGUUGAUAAAACAGAGCAAAUUGUUGUUGGAUCAACAAAUACAUCGGCUACAUUUUGGGAGGGUUCUGUACAGGUUUUUAAAGGCUUUAAUAACUUCAUUGAAAGAUCCUGGACAUCUUAUUACAAUGGAAAUAUUAUCAAUGAUGGGAAGAUCUUGUCCAAGUAUAAAUCUGUAGUUAUUGCAGAAAAUCCAUUUAGCUUGAGUGUAUUGAAUAUUGGUGAUGAGCAAGAUGGUUCACCAAUUUUAAAGUACUCUCAAGAACAUUUGGAAAAGAUUAAGAGCAUUAACUUAUGGGAUAAGAGUCCAAGAAUAUUAACAUGUGGUGAAAAAUAUCUGUCAAUUUGGAAUAUAAAUGAAAACAAUGGCUUAAAGAAGAUUCAUGAUUAUGUUGGUUACCAUACUGCAGAUAUAACUAGUUCUUGCACACAGAAAUGCGAUGAAAACCUAUUUGCAUCCACUGGAAUUGAUCGUCGUUUGAUUAUAUGGGACACAAGAAUGAAUAUAGGUGCCCAUGUUUUAUAUACAAAUGAGUUUUGCUCAUUAACUGCUGUUUCUUGGAAUACAGAUACUCCUACUACUGUAGCUGUGGGAACUGAAAUUGGAGACAUUUACUUUCUGGACACGCGAAAACCAGAUGAAUUUAUAUCGGUGAAAUCAUGCUUCAAGAAUUCAGUGCACAAAAUAGUCUACAAUUCCACAGGGGAUUUAGCUGUAUGUGGUAACUGUCGAGAAGUCCAAGUUUUCAAUGAUAAAUACGAAGUUAUUUAUAAGAACAGUGAUCAUUCCAAAUUUGUAAGAGGAUUAUCAUGGGCCAAAGGGUCUUUAUACUCUUGUGGAUUUGAUACUAAAGUUUAUAAGCAUAAAAUUUAAUGGUAUUCAUUUUUUUUUAUAAUUAAACAAUGUGUUCGUUUAUAAUAGCAAACAACUAUUAUAAAUAAUUUUUAUUAUUAAUAAUAAAAUAUGAGUUGUUAUUUACAUUA